UGUGGUUACCUAUAGACUGACCCCUGACUGUUAAAGCAACUAACACACUCCAUGAUGCUCCUAAGUGUGAAAGAGACAGAAAAGAUGGACGACAUAGACGCCAUGUUUAGUGACCUGCUUGGAGAGAUAAAUACUCUCUCUCAGAGUUUAAUGCCAUCAGCGGACAGAACUGAAGUGGACAGCGCUUUACAGACAGAGCGCACCUUCUCCAUUGGCUUCACAGACCUGAAUGAGUCUCUUAAAGAACUGGAGGACCAUGACCUGGAUGCUCUGAUGGCUGACCUAUCAAGAUCAACCACCUCAGAAUGUAGCCUCCCCACAUAUCAACAGGCCGGCAGCUUUGCAGAUAAUGAAAUAGCAGCAUCUGCCCUUCCUCCACCUUCAAACUCUGCUGAAUCCUCUGGAGGGCUGCAAACGAGCGAACCACAGACAAAGUCAGACAAAAUUAAACUGGCACUGGAAAAGCUGAAAGAAGCCAAAGUGAGAAAGUUAAUAGUAAAAGUGCUGAUGAGUGACGGCAGCUCCAAAAUACUGAUGGUGGAUGAGAGACAGACAGUCCGAGAGGUUUUGGACACGCUGUUUGAGAAGACACACUGCGACUGCAGCAUUGACUGGAGCCUGUGUGAGACCAACCCUGAACUGCAGAUUGAAAGAGGCUUUGAAGACCACGAACACGUAGUGGAGCCCCUGUCUUCGUGGACUCGUCUCAGUGAAAACAAAAUGUACUUUGUCUCAAGACCUCAGAAGUAUGUGAUGUUCACAAACCCUCAAGUAUUUUACAUGUGGAAAAAGAAGAAAGAAGGUUCGAGCGAAAUUAAUGAGCAAGCCAAACAGCUCUUACUUCAGGAGCACUUUGGAGGUUCCACUCUGAUUGUUCCUGAUCUUGAAGGUACCCUGUACCUCAAAGAAGAUGGGAAAAAGGUUUGGAAACCUCGCUACUUUGUGCUCAGGGCCUCAGGCAUCUACUAUGUACCCAAGGGAAAGACAAAGUCUUCCAGCGAUCUUGUCUGCUUUGUCCAUUUUGAAAAAUUCAACAUCUAUAACACCAAGCACUUCAAACUGAAAUACAGAGCUCCCACCGACUUCUGCUUCAUGCUUAAGCAUCCCUGCAUCCAGAAAGAGUCUGACUACAUCAAGUUCCUGUGCUGUGACGAUCAGCACACACUGCUGCUUUGGGUCAACUCCAUCAGGAUAGCCAAGUAUGGGACCACCCUGUAUAAGAACUACCAGGUUGCGAUGAAGAGAGCUCACCCCUCUGCUUCACACAAAGACAGAUAUAACUCACAGGUCAACACGCAACAGGCUCCACCCCAAACUACAAAUGUUGAAGACUACCCACACGAGGCACCGCCUGACUUCAUCCCUCCUGCACCUCCUGGACACACACAAGUUUAAGGUGUCCUUCAGUUAGCCUGGAUUAAUUGAUUGGAAAACACAAAUCUGGAAAAAUUGUUAACUUGGUGCCAAUAAUAUCACUUUUCUGUAAUGUACAUAGGAGUAACCUUACAUGUCAUAAUGCAAAAGAACAGAUUUAAUGUAUUACCAUAUGUAUGAGGAUAUUUAUUUGUGUAUGGUUUUGCAAUUAAUACCUUUUUCUCACAUUUACGACACACUCCAAACAUAGCUUUGUUCAUUGUUUCAAUGAGCUGUUUAUUACAAAAAGACUGUACAUAAAUUUCAAUGACCACAUCCUAUGUACAAACUGAGAGGAGAAGACAAAUAUUGGAUUCUGUUCCCAUGAACAUUUAAGUUACAGAUUCCCCCCCCCCCACCCUACGUUUCAUCAUUAAGAAAACACACAUCAAAGAAAUGCGCCUUGACCUGUGAUGCCCUGAAAUGCAAAACUUUAAGUGGUAAACAUUACAAAGUUCUGCACGUCAGUGGUUGUCUCAUGAUUUCUCUAUGAAAAAAGUAUAAAUUAAUCCUUUACAUACAAACUGCUAUAUCCAAACCUUCCUCAGCAGUCUCAGACACAAAAACAAGUUGAAUGCAAAGCUAGAAAUACAUUAGGUAGAAAAGUGUUCACAAAAAAUGACCUCAUGAUGGAAUAAAUACAAUCAUAAUGGGAUGUAGUGGCAAAUCAUUCACUGUUACGACGUUUAGAUACUUUCAUGCACAAAGGCCCAAUGAAUACUGAAGUAUUUUGGUUUGUCUGUAUCCAUUUCAAAAUAAAAGUGUGUUCAAUGCCCGUUA